CAAAAUGGUGUCAAUUGGUCAGAAUAAUUACUUUCUCAGAGACGAAGUGGCCGUUCAUAACCAAAUCGGUAGUGCGUGGGUUAUAAUCCACGGCAACGUUUUCGAUAUAACCGCUUUGUUCGAUGGCCACUCGACGAAAAAGCUCCAACUAUUUCUUUUGGCUUUCGCCGGCAAAGAUCUGAGUGUGUACUUCAGUGUAGGUGGACGACCGAUCUAUAGAGUUAGUAAGGACGGCGUAAAAGUUCCAGUAUUCCCACCGGUUGUCCUGAAAAAUAGAAGCACCGGGAAACAUUGGUGGAACGAUAAAAGUUUGAAAAUUGGAAAAGUUACAACUCAGGAGAGGACUAUUCGAGUGCUGAACAAUCUAACGUUUCGGGUAAUAGAGAUAACAGUUUGCGAAGAAGAUACUAUAGCAGUAAUUCAAGAUAGAUUCCUCAGAUACAAUGAGAAUUCUCGGAACUAUACUUGGAGGCGUAAUAUUAAUAUGAGUGACGCCACGGCCGAUUUACAGCUUGAUAAGACACUGACAGAGAAUGGAAUCUUGCCAGAUCGCUACCCACCAGCUCCCCUUAUUUGGAUCUUCUACCAGAUUCCACAUGGAAACAACGCGAGAAACACGGACAUCAAUAAACAUCUAACCAACCCAGACAAUGAUUUGUUCCUCUCCAAGCAAACCGCUUCGUAGAUGCUACUGUUCUGCCAUAGCUGCCGAAUAAAAAUGAAGUAAAACAAAAGACCGCUAAACAAUCAUUUGUGUCCAG